GAGACGGACGUGCGGAGUGCUGUGUGUGUUGAGUGCGUUCUUGAAAAAUGUGAAAUGAUUCUCAGUGAUUUGAAUAAAGUUUCAACAUGACUGUACUACUUGUUUUUGGACUUUUUAUAGUGAUAGUAACGGCGCACAACAUAACGUUUCUCGACGUGCCGCAGUACGGCGAUCCGCGCCGCGACGUCGAACUAACCUGUCACUACGUCAGCGAGCCUGGUGACCCCGCCCUACACUCCGUCAAGUGGUAUCGGGACACCAACGAGAUCUUCCGCUACACUCCGGGACAACAGCCACAGACGCGCACUUUCAACACGAGCGCCGGCGGAGCUACCAGGGGAUCAUGUAACCUGCAGAGCUGUGCGAUCACUGUGACACUACCGAGGAGGUAUAACGCUCUUGUGUCCUUCACGUGCGAAGUGUCCACCGAGGGUCCCAGGUUCGCAGUGGUGAACCAGACGAAAUUCCUGACAGUCGCUGUAACCAUGAAGGAGGACCCUCUAGUGACGGGUCUGGCGGGCAGCGUGCAGCUCAAUGAAGACAUCCUGCUAAACUGCUCCACGGCGCCCGCCAUGCCGCCGCCGACACUCAUGUGGUACAUCGAUGGGAUUCCGGAGAAGACGGAGCCAUGGAUGAACGACAACACAGAGAUGUCUCCAGCGGACGAGUUCGGGCUGCGGGCGAGCUGGCGGCCCAUACGGUUUCGGGUGACCACAGCUAAGGGUGUCAUCACAGCUCGUUGCGAGGCCACGCAGCCCACACGCCCGCCAUAUUCCAGAGCUACCAACGCCACGAUCAUGAUAGCCCGGUCCCCGCAUCUGUCGAUGUUCACAGCGUCAGAUUCGGGUGGGCGUCGAGCAGGCGUGCUGCUAGUCGUAUGUAUGUCCGUACACAUAUUUUCUAAAUACAGUGCCUUGAGGAGCGUUUAACUGACGUGUGUAUAGUUAGGUAGGACAAUGUGCCACUCACCAACAACAUCGAAACGUUUGUUCAAAAUGUGCUCAGCCAAAUCUUGAAUGUUUUAUG